AGGUCAACUUGCGAUCAUGGCGAUUUCAAAGGUCUGAGGCUGAUUUCGAAUGGUUUGGUUAAGCAUAUGGAAGUCUAUGUUCUGCUCUUGGUUGCUCUAUUAGGGCUUCCUCCAUUUGGACCAACUUAGCUCAUCAGCUCAUGUUGUAUGAUCUCGAAGCAGCAAUAAGAAGAAGGUCUGGUCCUUAACUUAGCAUUGGCUACUAGAGGAAACUUCAGCUAUUAGGUUAAAAAAGACUGUACAGAGCUGUAAAACAAGACAGUGUUAGAGUGGAUUUAUUUGCCUCAGUGACAGAAGAACCGACUGAUUCGCUGCUGUUUGUGAGCUUUUGAGGGAAUCAAAUUUAGCAAAGGAAGGUGUUUUAGAUCAAAUCUGUGAACCACGACUGAUUUGUAGAGUUGACUUUAAAUCCUACUCUGAGUAAUUAUAUUAUCAGAUAGAUUUAGGAUGGAAGCUGAAAUUGUGAAUGUGAGACCUCAGCUAGGGUUCAUCCAGAGAAUGGUUCCUGCUCUACUGCCAGUCCUUUUGGUUUCUGUCGGAUAUAUUGAUCCCGGGAAAUGGGUUGCAAAUAUCGAAGGAGGUGCUCGUUUCGGGUAUGACUUGGUGGCAAUUACUCUGCUUUUCAAUUUUGCCGCCAUCUUGUGCCAGUAUGUAGCAGCUCGAAUAAGAGUUGUAACUGGUAAACACUUGGCUCAGAUCUGCAAUGAAGAAUAUGACAAGUGGACGUGCAUGUUCUUAGGCAUUCAGGCCGAGUUCUCAGCAAUUCUGCUCGACCUUACCAUGGUUGUGGGAGUCGCACAUGCACUUAACCUUUUGUUUGGGGUGGAGUUAUCCACUGGAGUGUUUUUGGCCGCCAUCGAUGCAUUUUUAUUUCCUGUUUUCGCCUCUUUCCUUGAAAAUGGUAUGGCAAAUACAGUAUCCAUUUGCUCGGCAGGCCUGGUUUUACUUCUCUAUGUUUCUGGCGUCUUGCUGAGUCAGUCUGAGAUCCCAUUCUCUAUGAACGGAGUGUUAACUCGGUUAAAUGGAGAGAGCGCAUUUGCACUGAUGGGUCUUCUUGGAGCAAGCAUCGUCCCUCACAAUUUUUAUAUCCAUUCUUAUUUUGCUGGGGAAAGUACAUCUUCGUCAGAUGUGGACAAGAGCAGCUUGUGUCAAGACCAUUUGUUCGCCAUCUUUGGUGUCUUCAGCGGACUUUCACUUGUAAAUUAUGUAUUGAUGAAUGCAGCAGCUAAUGUGUUCCACAGUACUGGCCUUGUGGUACUGACUUUUCACGAUGCCAUGUCACUAAUGGAGCAGGUAUUUAUGAGUCCGAUCAUUCCAGUGGUCUUUCUGAUGCUCUUGUUCUUCUCUAGUCAAAUUACAGCACUAGCUUGGGCUUUCGGUGGAGAGGUUGUCCUGCAUGACUUCCUGAAGAUAGAAAUACCCGGUUGGCUUCAUCGUGCUACAAUCAGAAUUCUUGCAGUUGCUCCUGCCCUUUAUUGUGUAUGGACAUCUGGUGCAGACGGAAUAUACCAGUUACUUAUAUUCACCCAGGUCCUGGUGGCGAUGAUGCUUCCUUGCUCUGUGAUACCACUGUUCCGCAUUGCUUCGUCGAGACAAAUCAUGGGUGUCCAUAAAAUCCCUCAGGUUGGCGAGUUCCUCGCGCUUACAACGUUUUUAGGAUUUCUGGGUUUGAAUAUUGUUUUUGUUGUUGAGAUGGUAUUUGGGAGCAGUGACUGGGCUGGUGGUUUGAGAUGGAAUACCGUGAUGGGCACCUCGAUUCAGUACACCACUCUACUUGUAUCGUCAUGUGCAUCCUUAUGCCUGAUGCUUUGGCUUGCAGCUACGCCACUGAAAUCUGCGAGUAACAGAGCAGAAGCUCAAAUAUGGAAUAUGGAUGCUCAAAAUGCUAUAUCUUAUCCAGCUAAUCAAGAAGAGGAAAUUGAAAGAAGCGAAACAAGGCGGAAUGAAGACGAAUCGAUAGUGCGGCUGGAAAGCAGGGUAAAGGAUCAGUUGGAUACUACGUCUGUUACUAGCUCGGUCUAUGAUUUGCCAGAGAACAUUCUAAUGACGGAUCAAGAAAUCCAUUCUAGCCCCCUAGAGGAAAGCGAGUUGGAUGUAAAAUUCUCUACCUCUCAAGUUAGUAGUCUUAAGGAAGACUCUGAUGUAAAGGAACAGUCUGUAUUGCAGUCAACGGUGGUUAAUGAGGUCAGUGAUAAGGAUCUGAUUGUUGAAACAAAGAUGGCAAAAAUUGAACCGAUGAGUCCUGUGGAUAAGAUUGUUAGCAUGGAGAAUAACAGCAAGUUCAUUGAAAAGGAUGUUGAAGGGGUUUCAUGGGAAACAGAAGAAGCUACCAAAGCUGCUACUGCAAGCAACUUUAGUGUCGGAUCUGAUGGUCCUCCUUCAUUCCGCAGCUUAAGUGGGGAAGGGGGAAGUGGGACUGGAAGCCUUUCACGGUUGCAAGGUUUGGGGCGUGCUGCCCGGCGUCACUUAUCUGCGAUCCUUGAUGAAUUUUGGGGACAUUUAUAUGAUUUUCAUGGGCAAUUGGUUGCUGAAGCCAGGGCAAAGAAAAUAGAUCAGUUGUUUGGCGCUGAUCAAAAAUCAGCCUCUUCUAUGAAAGCAGAUUCUUUUGGAAAAGACAUGAGUAGUGGAUAUUGCAUGUCACCAACUGCAAAGGGAAUGGAUUCACAGAUGACUUCAAGUUUAUAUGAUUCACUGAAGCAGCAGAGGACACCCGGAAGUAUCGAUUCUUUGUAUGGACUACAAAGAGGUUCGUCACCGUCACCAUUGGUCAACCGUAUGCAGAUGUUGGGGGCAUAUGGUAACACCACUAAUAAUAAUAAUGCUUAUGAAUUGAGUGAGAGAAGAUACUCUAGCCUGCGUGCUCCAUCAUCUUCAGAGGGUUGGGAACACCAGCAACCAGCUACAGUUCACGGAUACCAGUUUAAGUCAUAUGUAGACAAUUUGGCAAAAGAAAGGCUUGAAGCCUUACAAUCCCGUGGAGAGAUCCCGACAUCGAGAUCUAUGGCGCUUGGUACAUUGAGCUAUACACAGCAACUUGCUUUAGCCUUGAAACAGAAGUCCCAGAAUGGUCUAACCCCUGGACCAGCUCCUGGGUUUGAGAAUUUUGCUGGGUCUAGAAGCAUAUCGCGACAAUCUGAAAGAUCUUAUUACGGUGUUCCAUCUUCUGGAAAUACUGAUACUGUUGACUCAGCAGUAGCCAAUGAGAAAAAGUAUAGUAGCAUGCCAGAUAUCUCAGGAUUGUCUAUGUCCGCAAGGAACAUGCAUUUGCCGAACAACAAGAGUGGAUUCUGGGAUCCGUCAAGUGGAGGAGGAGGGUAUGGUGCGUCUUAUGGUCGGUUAAGCAAUGAAUCAUCGUUAUAUUCUAAUUUGGGGUCACGGGUUGGAGUACCCUCUACUUAUGAUGACAUUUCUCAAUCCAGAGGAGGCUACAGAGAUGCCUACAGUUUGCCACAGAGUGCAACAACAGGGACGGGAUCGCUUUGGUCCAGACAGCCCUUUGAGCAGUUUGGUGUAGCGGAGAGGAAUGGUGCUGUUGGUGAGGAGCUCAGGAAUAGAUCUAAUCCGAUAAAUAUAGACAACAGCGCUUCUUCUAAUGUGGAUGCAGAGGCUAAGCUUCUUCAGUCGUUCAGGCACUGUAUUCUAAAGCUUAUAAAACUGGAAGGAUCCGAGUGGUUGUUUGGACAAAGCGAUGGAGUCGAUGAAGAACUGAUUGACCGGGUAGCUGCACGAGAGAAGUUUAUCUAUGAAGCUGAAGCUCGAGAAAUAAACCAGGUGGGUCACAUGGGGGAGCCACUAAUUUCAUCGGUUCCUAAUUGUGGAGAUGGUUGCGUUUGGAGAGCUGAUCUGAUUGUGAGCUUUGGAGUUUGGUGCAUCCACCGUGUCCUUGACUUGUCUCUCAUGGAGAGUCGGCCUGAGCUCUGGGGAAAGUACACCUACGUUCUCAACCGCCUUCAGGGAGUGAUUGAUCCGGCGUUCUCAAAGCUGCGGACACCGAUGACACCAUGCUUUUGCCUUCAGAUUCCAGCGAGCCACCAGAGAGCGAGUCCGCCUUCAGCUAACGGAAUGUUACCUCCGGCUGCAAAACCGGCUAAAGGCAAAUGCACAACCGCAGUCACACUUCUUGAUCUAAUCAAAGACGUUGAAAUGGCAAUCUCUUGUAGAAAAGGCCGAACCGGUACAGCUGCAGGGGACGUGGCUUUCCCAAAGGGAAAAGAAAAUCUGGCUUCGGUUCUGAAGCGGUAUAAACGUCGGUUAUCGAAUAAACCGGUAGCUAUCGCUUUUUAUCUCAUCGGAAGAAAAAUCGGCCGGAGAGAAGGGAUAGAAUCAGCGUCGCAGUUUCACUACGGACCGCCGUUGGCUAAUUUCCCGGCACCUGCACCACCGCCUAAAGCUAUGGAGAAGCCACCGGAGGCGGUUUAGUGUAUGUAUGAUGACGUAAUACUUACGUAAACAUCCUAUGUAGUGUGUGUGUAUUAAAUAAGAUGUCACUAUUAUUGGGCCGAUGAUGAAGUCAAAUAAAAUUUAUCUUGAUUG